AUGAGCCUCCGCCUGCCUCUUCGGGGAGGCGAAUUCGCCACCAUCAUCAGUGUCUACGUUCUGCCGAUGGUCAACCACGACGCCGCAAGGGACAAAUUCUACGAGGACCUGCGAGCCUUCCUGGCGUCUGUGCUGAAGGCGGAUAAGUUGGCUGUCCUUGGUGACUUCAACAUUCGCGCCGGCACUGACCUUUCCUGCUCACCAUCUCCAUUUCAGCAAUGAGUUAGCUCAAUGGCUAGCCAGUCUUUCAGUCGCUGCCGCUGCCGCCGCUGACGAGAGCGCCUCCGUAGAGAACGGAUGGUGUUAACUGCGGGACGCAGUCCAGUCGACGACCCUGGCUGUCCUCGGUCGCGCACGUCGCCAACAUCAAGACUGGUUCGAUAACGACGACACCGCCAUCAGUACCCUGCUCGUCGAGAAGAACCGCCUGCACAAAGCCUACGUCACUCGAGAAGAAGAAGUGCCUCAAGAUCUGAAGUACGCUACAAUCAUGCAUCUAUACAAGCGGAAAGGAAACCGCCAAAUCUGCAACAAUCACGGAGACAUCUCUCUGCUGAACAUCGCCGGGAAAAUCUUCGCUCGCAUCCUCCUCAACCGCCUAAACCACCAUAUAGAACAAGGUCUCCUGCCGGAAAGCCAUUGCGGAUUCCGCUGUCAUUGUGGGACCACGGACAUGAUCUUCGCCGACCGUCAGCUUCAGGAGAAAUGUCAAGAGAUGUGGGCCAACCUCUACUCUACAUUCGUGGAUCUGACGAAAGCCUUUGACACGGUGAAUAACGAAGGACUGUGGAAAUUCGUGCAGAAAUUCGGCUGCCCCGAACGAUUCGCCCAGAUGGCGCGUCAGCUUCAUGAUUGCAUGAUGGCGCGGGUUACGGACAGUGAAGCUGUCUCGGAGGCAUUCGCAGCAACCAAUGGAGUGAGGCAGGACUGCGCCCUUGCGCCUACCCUCUUCGGUCUCAUGUUCUCUGCAUGCUGAUGGACGCCUACCGUGACGAACGCACUGGAAUCCACAUCGCCGAGAGAACGCACGGCCAACUCCUUAACUACCGGCGGAUGCUCUUUAAGUCGCAUGCACCCACAACUACCGUUCAUGAACUUCUCUUCACCGACGCCUGCACCCUCAACGUCACCCCGGAAGGGGACAUGCAAAGGAACAUGGACUUCUUCGCCGCCGCCUGCGACAACUUCGACCUGAUUAUCAACACAGAGAAAACGGUGGUCAUAAUUUAACCGCCACCCGAGGUUGCCUACGUCGCACUCCAAAUCAGCCUGAACGGCGCCCAACAGCUAGCCGUAGACAACUUCACAUACCUGGGCAGCGCCCUCACCCGCACCAUCAAAAUCGACGAUGAAGUGGCCCACCUGAUUUCCAAAGUCAGCUCAGCCUUCGGCCGUUUGCAAAGCACAAUCUGCUAUCGCCGCGGUUUCCAUCUCAACAUCAAACUGAAAAUGUGCAAGGCGGUCAUCUGGCCGACGCUGCUGUAUGAAGUGGAGACCUGGACGAUGUACAAGAAACAGGCUCGAGGACUCAAGCAUUUCCACCACAGCUGUCUUCGACGGAUACUGAAGAAGAGAUCACAGGACCAGAUCCCAGACAAGGAUGUACUGGAGGGGACGGGAAUACUCGGCAUCUACGCCAUACUGCGACGGCUUCAACUGCGUUGGAGCGGCCACCACGUACGCAUGGGCGAUGAGCAGCUACCCAAACGACUCCUCUAUGGAGAUGUCGCCACGGGUUCACACCGACAUGGAGGCCAAGUUCGUCGCUACAAGGACACUCGGAAGACUUCCCUGAAGCGUCUGCAGAUCAACCCGGCCAUCUGGAAGACCUCGCCCGACACCGACCGACCUGGAGGAGGACAAUGA